UGACGCGACUAUUAUUAUUAUUGUUGUUGCUGGUCCAUUUCGUCUACAGUGCGAACAUAUUUUUUUACAGCUCAUUGUGUUCCAAAAGUCAUAGCAUGUGGAACUAUGCUUUGAUUACAGCAUUAAAUGCCAAAGGACAUAAUGUAACAUUUUUUGAUGCAUUUUCAAAAAAUAAACCCGAAACUGAUUUGUAUCAUCCUGUUGAUUAUGAAUAUUUUGCAUUAACAGGAGAUCCUGAAGACUUUCCGGAACAAAGCUUUAUUGCCCAAAUAUCUUACUAUUUGUUAGCCACAGAAGAAAUUUGUAAUGUAAUCUACAAAUCAAAAAACCUGGACUCCAUCCUGUUUGAAAAAGACAAAUACAAAUUCGACCUCGUCAUUACCGAUAUGACAAUUUAUCCAUGUGCAGUAGCCCCACUUCACGCUUUUCCCGGAAUCCCGGUUGUGGGGGUGACACCGUUUUUGUUACCACCCUCGUUUUCGCACAUGUUGGGCAACAACUUACAACCCGCGUAUAUUCCCCAAUUCUUCUCCGGCUUCACUGAAAACAUGAGUUUUAUGGAGAGGGUUUAUAAUUUUUAUAUUACUUAUGCUAAUGAAGUGGCACAAUAUUUCUCUGAGAGAAGGUUCGAGGAACAGGCCAUAAAGAAGUACGGCUCAGAACAUGCCCCGUACAUGAAGCAGGGCGACAGGAUUUCCUUGUUGUUGGCCAACACCAAUCCGUUGUUGGAUUAUCCUCAGCCUUUGCCUCCGAAUAUCAUUCCAGUUGGAGGACUCCAAGCCAAGCCCGCAAAACAACUUCCUCAGGAUUUGCAAAAGAUUUUGGACGAAUCAAAAAAUGGAGUAAUAGUAUUUUCAUUGGGCACAAACAUGAGAUCCGAUAAAAUGACACCUGAAAGAAGACAAACUCUUUUGGACGCAUUCAAACAACUAAAACAAACCGUCCUGUGGAAAUAUGAAAGUGACAUUGUGGACUUGCCCAAAAAUGUCAUCGUACGUAAGUGGCUACCUCAAAACGACGUAAUUGCCCACCCAAAUGUGGUUUUGUUCAUUGGACAUGGAGGUGCUUUAAGCACCCAUGAGGCAUUGUACCACGGGGUCCCAGUCAUAGGAAUACCAUUCUUCUUCGACCAAAUCAUCAAUGUUAAAGCUUUGCAGGAAAAACAACGCGGUGCUUUACUGGUAUACAAAUCGAUGACUACCAAACAAAUCGUAGACACUAUUCGAGAAGUCAUUAAUAAUCCCAUUUACAAGAAGAACGUUAAGGAUGUUUCAGAAAGAUUUAGAAGUCUACCAUUACAGCCACUGGAUGCGGCAGUACAUUGGGUGGAAUACUCUUUAAAACACAAUGGAACAUCUUUCUUAAAUCUGAAAUCUCGACACAUGAGCUUUUUACAAUACACCUGCUUAGACAUAGUUUUGUUUUUAGUUGGUAUUGUAUUUGCAUUUUGCUGUAUUGUUACGUUUUCUGUACGAAAAUUUUUAAAUUUUUUAUGCCAUAAAUCCUCACAAAAAAAGAAAAAUGAUUAACAAUUAACAAGUGAAUAUUAAACAAUUUAAUGCAAAUUAUAUGUGGAUGAAAUGUAUUAAAAGAAAUUUGAGUUGUUUUUCCUAUUUAAUCUCAACAUCUCAAACAUCCAUGUCCAAAUAAAAAUAUUUUAAUUAUA